AACCUAUUUAAUAUCUAUGUUCUGCAUUUUUAACCUUAGGACAAAAUGCAGAAAUUUAAAUUUCUCUCCAGAAUUGUAGAAAAAUGCAUUCGUCCAAACACAAGACCGCUAUCCACAGCAGUUGCCCAACCCGCAGGAGUUGAAAAGUCUCCAUCUGGGCUGCGAGAAGACGUUCUAAGCCACCCCGAUUACUUCUCCGUCCACAAUCUCUUUACCAUUAAAGAUUUGAUGGACGCGAGGGUACAUUAUGGCCACCGGACGGGAUCUUUAGAUGAACGAAUGUUGCCAUACAUUUAUGGUAGUAGAAUGGAUCAUAUCAUCUUCGAUUUGGACCGCACCGCGGAAUACUUGAGGCGCGCGUUAAAUUUCGCGGCCCACGUUGCGUAUAGGGACGGUGUGAUACUGUUUUUCUUGAGACACGCGCAAAACGCGCACAUCGUCGAACAAGCCGCUAAGGAUUGUAAGGAAUUUGCCCAUACCAGGUUUUGGAGGGGCGGAAUAUUUACCAACGCCAAUAAACAAUUCGGAGCCGUCACCAGGCUGCCAGAUUUGUGUAUAUUUUUCAGCACAUUAAACACGAUUUUAGGGCAACACACGGCGGUGCGGGAUUCCGCAAAAAUGAAUAUAGCGACGAUUGGGAUAGUAGAUUCUAACUGUAAUCCCAAUUUGCUGACGUAUCCGGUACCCGGAAACGACGAUUCGCCAGUUUCAAUUGAAUUAUAUUGCAAAUUAUUUAAGAAUGCUAUUUUACGUGGCAAAGAGAGAAGAAAAGAGCAUUUAGGCAUUUCGUAGGUUGUAA